UAAAUAUAAUAAAACGUCUCUGUUUUAACUUGGUUUAAGCGAACACGGAAGUAUGUAACAGAUACAAGUCUCGCCAUAAAGCACAUGACACAGACGUUUCCAGUGAAACAACAUUUCCCAAAAUGCAUUGCCCGUUCUGGUGACAUCCACGCUACGAUGAAGUGAUCGAAGCGGUUGUUGUCGUCCCCAUGGUUGUGAGAAGCGGCCUGGAAAUUGAGGCAUAACGGCUGUUACGUCGGAAUCAACGCGGUGUCCCCGGCCCGUAGGGGAUCCGUUUCCCUCUGGAAUUACUGCGAGCCUUAAGGUUUCAUCACCUGCUUUGUUUUUGGUGAGUUCAUCGCCAUGUUAUCAUCCGUUCCCACCAGGCUAAUUGCCCGAAGGUCGCGCAGCCUGUCACCGUGCAGCCGCGUGCUCCAGACCAGCGCAAGCGGUGCCGCAUGCCAGGGCAUCCGCGAGACACCGGCAGAGGUGCACCGCAACCCCAUCGUGUCCACCUCUCGGGUCUCUAGAAAGGGGAUUUUAGCCGAGGAGACCGCUGGUACCCGUGUGAAACAGGCGGUGCAGUACCACCACCUCGCCCCUAGAUGGCUGUCCAACCUGGAGAACCGCCGCGGCUCAUGGGCGGCUUUGGCCAGCAGAGGGCGGAACAACAAUCAGUACUGGGAGGAGAGCGGCCAGCGGGACGGAGGUGAUGACCGGGGGACAGGUGGAGGAGCCAGCCGGGCAGGAGUGGCCUCUGCCGGUGUGCUGUCUGCUGCAGCCGUGGCGUUAUGCCUGAAGAAAGAUACUGAUAACAAAGGUGAUGCACUUCUGGAGGCAGCAAGGACCAAUAACUCUGAAGAUGUGGCCAGGCUGGUUAAAGAGGGCGUCGACCCUAACCACCGCCACCGUCUGGGUUGGACCGCUCUCAUGGUGGCUGCCAUCAACCGACAGCACAGUGUGGUGAGGGUUCUGUUAGAAGCUGGUGCCGACCCAAACAGCGGAGAUCACUUCAACAACGUUUACGACACCUCACGGGAGAAAGGCAUCCACUCACUGGAAGUUCUCGUGUCCAGAGAGGAUGAAUUCAGCAGCAGGCUCAGCAGCCGGGCUGGCUUCCGUGGUUGCACAGCACUUCACUACGCCACACUGGCUGAUGAUCCACGCACUGUCCGCAUGCUGCUGGAGGCUGGUGCCAACCCCCUGCAGACCAAUGGUUUGGGACACACAGCACGGGCCUAUGCUAAGGAGGGAGAAGUGAGCACAAUACUGCAGGAGUUUGAGGGCAAGUUCCAGGAGGCGCAGGCUCGGCGGGAGGCGGAGGAGAGGCGGCGGUUCCCCCUGGAGAGGAGGCUGAAGGAGCAUAUCAUCGGACAGGAGGGGGCCAUCAAUACUGUGGCCUCAGCCAUCAGGAGAAAGGAGAAUGGUUGGUAUGACGAAGAGCAUCCUCUCGUAUUCCUCUUCCUCGGCUCAUCAGGAAUUGGAAAGACAGAGUUGGCCAAACAGGUGGCUCGCUACAUGCACAAGGACAUCAAAAAGGGUUUUAUCCGUAUGGACAUGUCCGAGUUCCAGGAAAAACACGAGGUGGCAAAGUUCAUUGGCUCCCCGCCAGGAUACGUGGGACACGAGGAAGGGGGUCAGCUGACAAAGCUGUUGAAGGCACAAGGCCCACCCUGA